AUGCAGGUCCCACAGCUCCUCCUUGGUCUUUUCGCCACCGCCUCUGCCAUCGAUAUCUACCUCCAUUUUGACAGCAAUUGCGGCGGCUCCAAUUCUGCUGUCUGUACCAACAAGAACCCCGACGACUGCUGCGCCGGUUCGACGGGAGACAUUUUCCCAAGUGUCGGCUUCCGCGGCAUCCCGACCGAUUGGCAGCUCCAGUGCAGGGGCCACUCGGGUGGUAAUUGCAACAAUUUGAGGCAGGUUUCGCCUGCCGUGAACACCAACUUCGUCUGUCUUAACUCCGGACCCUUCUCCGGUGGUGGCUACAGCAUUGUCAACGGAAAGCGUGCCGAAGGCGCCAACGGAGGCGCCUCUCAUCUACCCGAUACCUUGCUGUUCGGGGAUGGAGCCAAGUAUAACAUUACGGACUUGGAGGAAACUCCUCUUACCCAAAUCCUUACGAUCGCGGCAAGCGGUCUAGACUCCGCCACUGUUCCGGAGGAGUUUGAUGUAUACAAGCUUGAAUAAAGAGUCUAGCAAGCACACUCUAGGCUAUGGACUGUGUGCUUAUAUCUAUUGGUGGAUAUGCCAUAAAUGGCAAGCGGCUCCCUUCCUUGUCUACAUUAAGGCCCUCGCGAUGCCAUGGAC